GGCAGAGCAGCAGCUGAGAGUCCAGAAGAGCAGGGAAGGCUGGGCUUGACAGUCUCAACUCUCCUCUUGUGUUUGUGUGAACCUGAAGGAGAAAGUGAGCAGAGGGCCUUUUUGGGGACUGGAGAAUUGUGUGAAUUGUGAAGAUGGGAGUAGAAGAUAGUGCCUGUUAAGAACUGGAGUCUGUUUUGAAGUUGGGAAGACGAAAUAUUCAAAGCGCAGAAAUCAUGGGAGCUGAAGAAGAAAUGCUCAUCACCCUGUCUGGAGGUGCCCCCUGGGGCUUCCGGCUGCAAGGGGGAUCAGAGCAGAAAAGACCCCUACAGGUGUCAAAGAUCCGAAAGAGAAGCAAAGCCUGCCGCGGAGGCCUGUGGGAAAAUGAUGUGCUAGUUUCUAUCAACGGGAAGUCAUGUGCUGGCCUCUCCCAUGCUAGCGCCAUGCAGAUCAUUGACUCCUCCAAUGGCAUGCUCAACAUCCGCGUGAAAAGGAUAGUUGGUGGGGACCAGACUGGCCCACGGCUCCAGCGCUCCCCUUCUCCAGGGCAGCGAGUGCUCUCCCCGCCAUCCCCGCUCAGUCCCCCGGCACAGCUUCUCAGCCCUGAACCCGCAGCAGCCCCAGCCACCACACAGCCAUCACAGCCGCGGAGGUCACAGAGGCACCUGGAGAGCCUCACCUCCCCACCGGACAGUGAGGCCUACUAUGGCGAGACAGACAGCGAUGCUGACAACGUGGCCCAGGAGAAGCACCGCCGGGCUCGCAGGAAGAGCCCGCGCUCACCGCCCGACAGCACCACCAGCAAGGCGGAUGCGCCUCAGGAUGAGGUGUCCCUGUCAGAGCAGAGCGGCUAUGAGAGCUUGCCAGAGGCUGCUGUGCAGGGGGAACCCGAGGUGGCCAGCUCUGGUGGGGUGGCCAAGAGGGAGAUUUCCUGCCUGCCUGGCAGCCGCACGGACACUCCAUUCUCAGAGAGCGAGGGACAGUUGCGGCCACCAUCAACAGAGAGACGGGAGCCUUCUCCAGAGGCGAUGCUCCUGCCCCAUGCCACCAAGGCUAUCCGAGCAGAACGCCAUCUCAUCCCCAUGGUGGGUCCAGUGGAGCACCCAGUUGAUGAAGACCUAACCACCACAUACGCGGAGAAAGCCAAGCAGGCCAAGCUCCACCGCCACGAAAGCAUCCAAGAGAAGAACGUGAAAGAAGCUAAAACAAAGUGCAGAACCAUUGCAUCCCUGCUGACAGACGCACCCAACCCCCACUCCAAGGGGGUGCUGAUGUUCAAGAAGCGCAGGCAGAGGGCUAAGAAGUAUACAUUGGUGAGCUUUGGCAGUGUUGACGAAGACCGCUCCUACGAGGAGGAAGACGGAGUUUUUCCAACUAGUGAGUCUGAAUUUGAUGAGGAAGGUUUCUCUGAUGCCCGAAGCCUAACUAAUCACUCAGACUGGGACAACACUUACCUGGACAUUGAAAAGUCCAAGUCUGACUCUGAACACAAGGAAGAGAAGCAAAAAGGUUUGAGCGAGGCCUCAGGUAAAGGAGCACGAUUAUUUGAGCAGCAGAGGGAACGGGCUGGGAAGUACACAGUCGAGAAAGUCCCGGCGCAGAAGAGCCCCCAGCUUGUCCCAGCUGCCCGGCCACAGCAGGGCACGGUGAACGGAGAUAUGCCUGUGCCACAGAAGACAGAGAGCAUGCCCCUCAGCAUCCACCUGGAAGGCAUACAAGUGCCCAGCAAACAGCCAGCAGCCAACCUCACCACUCAGCUCCUGGCUCCCCCCAGUCCCACUUUCUUCCCGCCUCCCCCAAGCACCCCUGACCCCUUCUCUUCAAGCACAACGAGCAUGUUCAACCGGUCUGCACGGCCCUUUACUCCUGGCUUUUCUGGCCAACGCCCAGCAACAUCCUCUGUCAUCUUCAGGCCAUCUACACCCAAAAAACCUAGUGAAAGCUUGGGUGGGCAAAGCACGGUGGUUCCCCCUUUCUCACCUCCGGCUCCAGGAACACCUGCCAGUGCACCAGUGCCAACACACUGCAGUCCAGUUAGCUCCUCCACAUCUCUGUAUAUUCCUGCACCAGGAAGGCCAACAUCACCACUGGAGUCACAACCAAGAGCUGGGGGACGCGCUCCAGAGAAUAAGCCUUCUGCCAACACUGCCCGGACAUCCACCACCUCUAUCUUUCUGUCAGCUCCCUCAAAGCCAGGAGGUGAGGUGGCCUCCACAGCUUCCCAGACACGAGUCUCUGGAACAGCCUCUUCUUCUUUGUAUAUUAGUCCAGCACCAUCACAGCCCACCAUAAGCAGUUCCCCUGUGCCAAAGCAGCCAUCUUCUGCCAUCUCACCGGCAAUGCCACGACCUCCUUCUGAGCCUUUAACCUCCAGAGAGCAGAGGAUUGCUGUGCCAGCUCCCCGCACAGGCAUCCUUCAGGAGGCUCGCCGGCGGGGCAACAAGAAACCCAUGUUCAGUAAGAUUGAGGAGAAGAAGAAUUCACCCAACCCUGAGCUCCUGUCUCUGGUGCAGAACCUGGAUGAGAAGCCGAAAGGUGACCACCCUGGGGCCGGCUUUGAGUCUGGGCCUGAAGAGGACUUUCUCAGCCUGGGUGCUGAGGCCUGCAACUUCAUGCAGUCCUCUGGCCGCAAGUUCAAGACCCCACCUCCAGUGGCUCCUAAACCUCAGCAGCAAGAUGGUGGACUGGUAAAUGGGGCCCAUGACAUGCCUCAGCUUAAAGGCAAAGGGGCAGAGCUCUUUGCCAAACGCCAGAGCCGCAUGGACAAAUAUGUGGUGGAGACAACACCAAAGCCAGAGUCCAAGCCCAGGACCCCCUCUCCUUCCCCUUCCCUGCCCUCAUCCUGGAAAUAUUCACCCAACAUCCGGGCUCCCCCUCCAAUUGCAUACAACCCAAUGCAUUCCCCUUUCUAUCCCCUGGCAGCCAGCAAAUCUCAGGCUAGUAAAGCAGAGAGCAAAGUGAAAAAGGCGCCUGGCCAGAAAUCGGGGAUUAAGGUCAUUGAUAUAAUGCGCCACCAGCCUUAUCAGUUAAAGUCAGCCAUGUUCUGUUUUGAGGAUCCCCCAGGCCCCAGCACUCAGGGGCCCCCCGGUCAGCCAGCCCCACAGGCUAGGUCAUCCUUCACAGCAGCCAAGCAGGUCCCCGUGAAAACAGUCAAGACCCAGGAGAUUCGUCGCUUCUCCACUCCAGCUCCCAUGCCAGCCUCAAGCAGCCUGGCACCCACCGUGCUUGCGCCCCGCUCGGCCACCACAUUGGAUGAGCCAGUGUGGAGAACAGAAAUGGCAUCUUCUGCCCCCAGCACACCAGCCCCCUUCCAGGUGGAGCUCAGCCAGUCCCCUAAGACAUACCAGAGCUCCCCAGAAUCUGGUCAGGCAGGCCAGGGGCUUUCCCCAAACCCAGCCUCAGCCUCUCGGUUUCAGGUGGCCAGGCCCAAAUUCUCAGCAGCAAGAACGGGGAUGCAGGCCAAUGUGUGGAGGCCGAGCUUUGGCCACCACUGAGGCAGGCACCCCUCCCAUCCCACCUGUGGCCCCGCAGAGGUAGUGCUCGUUUUGUCUUUCAUGUCAGCUCAGUACACUGGAAUGGGUGACACAAAAUGAAGAAAAGAGAAAAAAAAACAUUAACUUCCCUUCUGCACCCCCC